AUGGACUACAUAUGGCAUGAGAUGCAAGAUUGUUCCUUCCUCCGCAAGCUUCCCCAAUAUGCAUCAUACAUCAUGAGGCUCAUUUGCCUCAAGUGGGCGGAAGCCAACCGUGGAGACCUCCUUGAACAAUGCUACCCAAUCACUAUCCACAAAGAGCGCAACCCCAAUGUCAAGCAUCACUCUCAACCAAGGUAUGGCAAGAAUGCUCCCAAGGAAAAGGAGGAGGAGGAAGCCGAUAGUGACGACUCCGACUUUGUGCCCAACUCCGUCAAGACCAAAGGCCUCUUCGCCAAGCUCGUCGCUCGCCUCAAUAAUAGUCUAAACUUUGGUCCUCUUAAGUUCUUCCUAACUAAAUUUAUAACACCAGAUGCUGAUGUUGACUUGGCUACUGAUGCUGGCCGAACUGCUCUUCAUUACACUGCUAGCAAAGGACGCCGUGCCAUUGAUGAAACGCUAAUAGCUCGUCGUGCAAAUGUCAACAAAAAAGAUAAGUUUGGCUGCACACCGUUACACAGAGCUGCAAGUACUGGAAAUGCUGAUAUGUGUGAAGGCCUGAUCGAGGAAGGCGCAGAUAUUGAUGCGGUUGACAAGACAGGACAAUCUCCUCUAAUGCACGCCGUUAUAUGCGAGGACAGAGGGGUUGCCCUUCUGCUAAUUAGACAUGGUGCUGAUGUUGACAUUGAGGAUAAAGAAGGGUAUACUGCACUUGGUCGAGCAUCCGAUAGCUUCAGACCUGCGCUGAUUGAUGCAGCCAAGGCAAUGCUUGAAGGCUGACAAAUGCUGUUGCUGCCCUAAGGUGAAGAAAAGAGGGGAGACCAUCUGGAAUAGACAAAGUUGCCCUCAAGAACAAUUUUGUUAUGUACUCCCUGUUUUAAGUAUCUGAACACUUGCCAUCUAGAAAAAUCAGGUUGACCAACUAGA